AUGGUUAAGAUGCUAAAAGAAGCUAUUACAGAGGGGAUGUUUCUUAGACCUUUGCUUAUCAUGAGCAUAGAAAUCAAUGUUGCAACCCAAGGGACAUUUGUUAAUGUGAUAGACCAAGGAGCUCGUGGUGACGGCAAAACUGAUGAUUCAAAUGCAAUUUUAAGUGCAUGGCAACGUGUGUGUGGAAUGGCAGGGCCAGCAACUCUUCUCAUACCUGCAACAAAAAUAUUUUUUGUGAAAAGGUUACAGCUCAAUGGUCCUUGCAAGGCCCAAAGUGUUCACAUUCAGUUUGCGGGGAAAAUAGUUGCUCCAACUAUGAAUGCAUGGGUUGGUGAUAAGGGAAGUUGGAUUGUGAUCUCAAAUGUAAAUGGAUUAACAAUUGAUGGGCAAGGGGGAAUUAUCGAUGGCAUUGGUUCUUCUUGGUGGCAGAAAUGCAAAACUUGUCAACGACCAGCAUCGUUGCGUUUCCAAAAUUGUAAUAGUCUUGUUGUGAAUUCUCUAAGAAUGACAAAUAGUCCUGGAGCUCACAUAGCUAUAAGUAGUUGUAAUGGUGCAAAAUUCUCUCAAAUGAACAUUAAUGCUCCUCAGAACAGUCCCAACACUGAUGGCUUUGAUAUUGCUGGGUCCAAAUUUAUAACCAUACAAGAUUCUACUAUAGCAACUGGUGAUGAUUGUAUUGCCAUCAACAGUGGUUGCUCCAACAUCAAUGCCACUAGGCUUUUCUGUGGACCAGGCCAUGGGAUAAGCAUCGGUAGUCUGGGUAGAAAUGGAGCUCAUGAGACAGUUGAAGAGGUUUAUGUACAAAAUUGCAGCUUCAUUGGGACUACAAAUGGAGCAAGAAUUAAAACAGUGCCAGGAGGAUCUGGUUAUGCAAGAAAAAUCACAUUCGACCAAAUCAUACUAAAAGAUGCUCAAAAUCCAAUAAUUAUAGACCAAAACUAUGGGGGCAAAAUAGGGGCAAGCAGUCAUGCUAGGGACUUGGCAAUACUCUUAAAUUGUAGCACAUUGGGUUGUUUUAAUUUAAUAUUAAAUUUGAUAAUGUUAACAUUGUAUCUUCACGAUCAGGAAAACCAACCUAUGCUUCUUCCAACAAUGCCCAUGGAACAGUUACUAAUACUUCUCCAAAAGUCCCUUUGUUGA